GAGAGAGAGGCUUUCUCAGGCUUCGAGAACCAGAACCCACCUCGUGUCUUGUAUAUAUAUACCCCUCCCUCUCUUCACUUCAUAUACACCCAUCCUCAAAUCAAACCCACCUCACUCACCCCUGCAUUCAAUCAAAUACUAGCUAGCUAUAGUGUUCUGUUCAGGUUUCUUCAUAGAACUUCAAAAGCAUUGUUUUGAGUAAAAGGAAGAAAUUGAAGUCAUGGCUGCUUCUGCAGAAAAGGUGGCGGACACAGUGAUUGUAGGAAGUUAUGUGGAGAUGGAGACUGAAGGGAAGCCCAAGAGCGUCAAGAGCAAGCUCUCCAAGUUCUUUUGGGAUGGUGGCUCUGCUUAUGAUGCUUGGUUUAGCUGUGCUUCUAAUCAGGUGGCUCAAGUUCUGCUUACUUUGCCAUACUCGUUCUCACAGCUGGGGAUGUUAUCAGGCAUUCUCUUCCAGCUCUUCUAUGGCUUGCUGGGCAGCUGGACAGCUUACCUUAUCAGCUCCCUCUAUGUUGAAUACAGAACCAGAAAAGAAAGAGAAAAAGUUGAUUUCAGAAACCAUGUCAUCCAGUGGUUUGAAGUUCUUGAUGGGCUGCUUGGAAAACACUGGAGGAACGUGGGCUUGGCAUUUAACUGCACAUUUCUUCUGUUUGGAUCUGUCAUUCAACUCAUAGCUUGUGCAAGCAACAUAUAUUACAUAAAUGAUAAUCUGGACAAGAGAACUUGGACUUACAUCUUUGGAGCAUGUUGUGCAACCACUGUCUUCAUCCCUUCAUUUCACAACUACAGAGUCUGGUCCUUUUUGGGCCUUGUUAUGACCACUUACACUGCUUGGUACCUCACCAUUGCCUCCUUCCUUCAUGGCCAGGUUGAGGGAGUGAAGCACUCUGGUCCAACUAAGUUGGUGCUAUACUUCACUGGGGCCACAAACAUCCUCUACACUUUUGGGGGACAUGCUGUUACUGUGGAGAUCAUGCAUGCGAUGUGGAAACCUCAGAAGUUCAAGGCCAUAUAUUUAUAUGCUACCCUGUAUGUGCUGACACUGACGCUUCCCUCUGCAUCGGCAGUGUAUUGGGCAUUUGGAGACAUGCUUCUUAACCACUCCAACGCCUUCUCUCUCCUCCCCAAAUCUCCCUUCAGAGACAUGGCUGUUAUUUUAAUGCUCAUCCACCAGUUUAUAACAUUUGGGUUUGCAUGCACGCCACUAUACUUUGUGUGGGAGAAGGCCAUUGGCAUGCAUGAGUGCAAGAGCUUGUGCAAGAGAGCAGCAGCAAGAUUGCCUGUGGUCAUCCCCAUCUGGUUCCUGGCCAUCAUCUUCCCAUUCUUUGGCCCCAUCAACUCCACCGUAGGAUCACUCCUUGUCAGCUUCACAGUCUACAUCAUCCCAGCUCUGGCCCACAUCUUCACGUACAAAUCCGCUGCUGCAAGAGAGAAUGCAGUGGAGAGGCCACCAAGAUUUCUGGGAGGGUGGAUUGGUUCAUAUACAAUCAAUGUGUUUGUGGUGGUGUGGGUUUUCGUGGUAGGGUUUGGAUUCGGUGGGUGGGCGAGCAUCACAAACUUUGUGCACCAGAUUGACACAUUUGGGCUCUUCACCAAGUGCUACCAGUGCCCUCCACCACCACCACCCAUGGUCUUCAACACAACUUCAGCUCCUGCUCCAAUCCACCACCCUCACCCUCACCGGCCUUGAUUUGUCCACUCUCACUUUCGAUUAUUCCACGCCUAGUGCCAUGGGCACAAUAUAAAAUUAAAAAAAUUAAAAAAAUAUAUUGUAUGUGGUGCCCAAAUGAGCAUUUUCACCCCCUUCAAAGUACACAACCCUAUUUUUCUCUUUUAAAUUUUCCGCAUCGGUUUUAGCUUUUAGGGUCACUGCCAUGAGUCCAAAAAAAAAAGGGGGGGGGGCAGAAAAUGUAUGAAAUAUUUGAAAAUCAAAUUUGUAAUCUUUCUAUAUAACAUGCCCCUAGGGUUUUGUAUCUCCAUUUCUCUUGAAAAUUUUGAAUCCCAUAUGGUUUGGAUGAGUA